CGGUGGGGACACCCGGAGUGCCUGGCAGUCCCCUGAGGUGUGCUCAUGGGUCUGCAGAUCUGGACCGGGACCAACCUUCCCCGGGGUUUCCAAGGAGGGGUUGAAUUAGGGUAGGUGGUACCGACUGCUGUUCGUUUUUGAACUAGUCUGAAUUUAUAUUGGUCCUGGGAUCCAUAUUGCUUAAUUUUUAACCUCAGCAUCAGCCCUAUUUCUUUUUUUCCCCUGAACAAUAUACUUCAGUAUGUGCUACCUUUGUCAUUUCAACCCGUCUUGCUCUGUUUUUGCUCCAUCUGCUUUUGCUCCCUUCAGGUUCAACUGGCUUAACUUGGUAUUCAGAGCUACCAGAGCUGGAUUCCAAAACUGGCUUUUGCUAUCGAACUACUGAAUGGUGUGGGCUUGGGUCUCUGUUCAUUCUUAAUGUAAUGUUUCUGUAAUGAUUGUUAGGGCUCUGUAAACAUAGUUAGUAGCUUGUCUCACAAAAUAAUAUGCAGUAGCAUCUUGUGAAACUCCCAUUGUAGUGAACCGUCACCUGCAGCUGAUAUGCUAACACUUGUGUGUGUGGUCAGAUUUUUGAUGGAGAAAAAUAAUGGUAUCCUUGUUAUGCAUCACUGAACUAAGAUUCUGAUUUCCUUUUUAUAGAAAUCCUGUCAGGACCUUCAGGUGUAUCAGUUAUUUCAUGUGGUCACUAUAACCAUGAAUAGGUCUCUCCUAAUCCCAUGCAACAGUUUCUUAUUUUUUAGACUGUGAAGUAUUUUUCUGGGUUAGUUUAGCUCUGACCUAAGGUAAGUGCUUUGUUUUGGAGCUGGAAGGAAAGUGGUUGUGAAAAGAUUUAGUUUCGAGUGCUAUAAAGCAAGAUAACAUUGGGUUGCUUUUUCAACUGCAUCAAAUUCUUGUUUUUUCAAUGUUUUUAAUUGUCCUAAUGCUAAUUUUUCUUUUUCUUUCUUAGAGACUGUUUCAUACCCUCUCAGCUUUUUCAGCACAACCAUUUCCAGGUGCAUAGAUGAACAACCUAUGCUAUCCUGGUUAGAUCUUGUUAGGCUGAUCUGAAAUGUCCUUUUUCAUGGCCUUGCCUUUGCUUCCUGUCUAGUAAGGACUUUUGCGAGAACAGGGGAAGUGAUCCUUAGCUCCUGGAGGGGAAGUUGAUGUAUACAAGGUUACUAGCUUAGGAAUCUUUGAUGGAGAGAGUAGGAUAUGCUGGUGGGACACUCUCCUGAACCCUCUGGUUUUUCAUUAGGCAUUUGUGGCAGUUUUGCAUGUUUCUUGCAUAGAAGAAGAGCAAGUGAGCACGGUUAUCUGUUGAGAUGAGAAAGGGGAGAGUUUUUAAGAUCUGCUUCUGAUCACCAGUUUCACGUUCCAUGUGUGGUUUCACAGGUACUUCAGCUCAUUUAAGUAUAGACUGCAACCCAUAGGAGGUUCUUGCCUUGUUGCUUGUGCGUCUGCAGGUGAGAAUCAGAGCUCCCUGACUUACAGACUGAUCAAGCUGAAGACAAACUGUUUUUCUCCUCGGGUGCUUAAAUGGUUUUGCAGGUGCAAGGGAAAUGGGGCUGGUGCUGGAAUGGGAUCUUAUCUGAGUUCAGGGUAAUCUGCAGUGUGACUGUCUAAGAGUGCAACAAUGUAGUUUUUUAUAUUAUCUAUUUUCUUGUAUAUAAAUAUAAUUUUAAACCACAUUUUUACAUAUACUUAAAAAUAAAAUAAAACAGUAGUGCCCAUGCUUCUCUCCUACUUCUGUGAAUCAUUGUCUGCCUCAUCAUCAGGUUGACAGCACUGGGCAUGUCCUUCUUAUAAAAAUAUUGUAGAAAGAAAAAUUAGAUGUGCUUUGAGAUCCCCUUUCUUGGCACAUUGUGCAAGUCAACUGACUUGGAAGUUAUUCUGUCUUGCAUUGCACGUAGUGAAAAGUCAAGGUUAGAGUAGCAAGCACUCAGAUGUCAAAAAAGUGUCCAGGCUGGAGUAGUACCUGUGCCCUUAAUCAGCUAAUUGCCCUUUUAAACAAGUGUUGUGAUUUCUUCUUAAUCAUGUAGUUGCGUGCUCUGCUCAUCCCAUCUGAGCUGCCUGGUUUGUUUCUUUCCUUUUCUCCCACAAAUAUGGAGCUUAUUCCUUUUGGGUACAAUGAUCCAGCUCUGAAAUGUGACCUUGUUGAGCUUGACUGGUGUGAGAUAAGGAGCCCUGUACAAGCUGGGGGCUGUUUGUUGACCAUCUGCUUACAGGGCACAGUCUCUUUGGUCCAGUGGAUCACCAAAUGUUUGUAAAAAGGUUUGAUCACUUUUCAGAUUUCAGUUUUCAGUUAGUUUCUCCAUGCCUAAAGGGUUUUGUGGAUCUGGUGAAUUCUGGCUGGCACGCUGGGUGUGGGGUGGCACUGACUGCUUUCCAUUUGGAUAAGAAAUGUAAGUGCUAAGUUUGAAUUACCCAAACCUCUAGAGGAGGUGUGUUUCUUCCAUCUGUGGUUGAAAUGGAGAUACCAAAGCCAUGGAAAAUCUUACAGGGGCCUUGAUUAUUGCAGUGUAACUCAGACACUUCACUUGCUGUCAGUAGAUUCCCCCAAUCCGUCCAUCAGGAAUUAGCUUGUAACAUGUUGGAGAUGUGAGCAUUUCAGUGGAGUGUUGAUGUGGAAUUUGUAGUCUCAGAAUUUAGUAUUGACAAAAAGCUGCAGCCUGAUUUGUUUACUCUAGUGUUUGACAGUGUCACAUUGUUAGUUUUGGUGCUGGGCAGGGUUUAGCAUUGAACUUGACUUGUAGAGUUUGUGUGUGACUCUCUGCUUGCUUGUUUAUAUGAUGUGACAUGCCUAGGAACGGCUCCUUUUAUUUCUGACCUCUCAGUCUUUGAGAGGGAAUGUAUCAAAAACAAGUCUAGUAAGUAGAGAGGGUCCCUAGUGAGCUCUGAAAUGGGUGAGCUUGAGAAGAGGAGCAAAAGAAAAGAAAAUGCGACAGAAUGCUCUGCUAGAGUCAUGUCAAGUAUUUGUGUUACGUGCUGUAAACUGAAGGAGCCCUUCAGCUAUGUGGAGGAGCACUAGCAGUCUCCCUCAUUUCUAUUCCUGAUGUGACAGGAAUGCAGAGCAGGAUGCUGGCCAGUGUUUAAUAUCAGGUUUGUUGCUGGUGUCGUAGGGGUGGUGGGGGGAGGAAGAGGAAGUGUGUGUGUGUGUGGCUGCUUAGUUUCUGUUUUGCAGGCAUCGCCUGUGCGCAGUGUUGUGCCAUUCUGAUGUGGCAGCAGCUGUUAUUUUUGGCUUUCCCAGUGUGCUGUUCGGGUAGAUGUGCUUCCUAAUAGAUGCAAUUCUCUUAAUCAGUGUGUUGGGCUGCCUGUACUUCCUGUAUAGUCCAUGCUGGUGUGAACCACUCUGCAGAUGGUACUGAGGUGCAAGUUCUUUGCCUUCAUUUAUUUCUACAGGCUCGUCUAUGCAUUUUGAGUGGCAUUAAUUGUGUGUAGGAGACAAGCUUCAUAAGCUUGCAUUUGUUUUGCAUCAGCCCUGUCAGUAUGUGGUGUCAUUAAUGUUUGAACCCCUUCUUUGGGAGUAAAGGAGCAAGCUUUGCUAUUACAGGUUGUCUCUCUAUGUGUGUAAUGUGUCCACAGUAGUUAAGAUGGGUGCAGUUGUUUUGUUAAAAAAUAACACAGAGAUAGCUGCCAUAAUUAUAUUAGUAGAAGAUCUGAGUCAACCAAAUCUGAUAAAAGCAGUGAAAGAGGUUAUGAUAUGGAUGUAUCUGUCCUGGUAGGACGUCACUACACGUGCUUGGGAGCUGCAGUAGAUAAGCUGUCUGAUUUAGCUUUUGUAGUUAGAAAGGUUAUCUCCUUCACCAGCUGUCCUGCUGCUUUGCCAAAUGCUACCUCCCUUGUGUUGGGGCAUACAACCAGGCCUGUUCAGCUGCUGGGGUUUAAUAUACUCUGCUUCAGCCUUUCUUCCCUAAUGCCCAUCCCUGCCUGGUGAGGAGCAGUCAUGGAUUCUGCUCUGCUCCACCCUUGUUGGGAAUUUUCAGCUGAGGGUAGCUGAGGCAACUGGGGACAGUGUGUCCCCUCGGCCCAGCUGGUAGGUUUGGUAAAGAGCAUCUGUCAGAGCACACAGGAAUGAGUGUGAGCAUUUGCAUCCUGAAAGGAGCUUGUGAAUUCAAGUCCCAUUCUCUAGGGAAGGUAUGCUCACAAAAAUUCUGAAUUGACAAGCAAGUAAAGAUCUAAAUAAAAGCUAAUUUAGGACUUGCUAACUCAUUUCCAUAUAUCAUUUUGCAGGCUGACUUGCUUUUGGGGUCCUGCUCCCUCUUGAUUGUGAGAAGUUGGCUCCAUAUUCCAGUGACUGCUCAGCCAAAGGAGCUUGGGUGACAUCUCCAAGAUCACUGCGAGGAAGCAAAUUGCCAGGACUUCCCCCCUGUGGCUGCCUGACUGCUGAGCUACCCCUCCCAGCCCAUGUGGCUCUCCCCAUGCUCCAAGAGUGCAACAAGUGCCCAACGCAAUGUGUGUUUGUCAAACCAUGGAAGUGGGCAAGUAUGGCAAGAAUGCCACUCGAUCUGGAGACCGGGGGGUCCUGCUGGAGCCUUUCAUUCACCAGGUGGGCGGGCACAGCAGCAUGAUGCGCUACGACGACCACACUGUCUGCAAGCCCCUCAUCACCAGGGAGCAGCGCUUCUAUGAAUCCCUGCCCCCAGAAAUGAAGGAGUUCACACCUGAGUACAAAGGUGUGGUAUCUGUCUGUUUUGAGGGAGACAGUGAUGGCUACAUUAACCUGGUGGCCUAUCCCUAUGUGGAGAACGAGGCUCUGGAGCAGGAUGAUCUACCAGAGAGGGACCAGCCACGGCGCAAGCACUCACGCCGGAGCCUUCACAGGUCAGGCAGUGGCACCGAGCACAAGGAGGAGAAGCCUGGCCUGGCCAGUGACAGCACUGAAAGCAUCCAGGAAAUGAAGAGUCCCAGGGUGGACUUGCACAUCCACUCAGAUGUUCCAUUUCAGAUGUUGGAUGGGAACAGUGGCCUGAGCUCUGAGAAGAUCAGCUACAACCCCUGGAGCCUGCGCUGCCACAAGCAGCAGCUGAGCCGCAUGCGCUCCGAGUCCAAGGACCGGAAGCUGUACAAGUUCCUGUUGCUGGAGAAUGUGGUGCAUCACUUCAAGCUUCCCUGCGUGCUUGAUCUGAAGAUGGGGACCAGACAGCACGGAGAUGAUGCCUCUGAGGAGAAGGCUGCUCGGCAGAUGAAGAAGUGUGAACAGAGCACUUCUGCCACCUUGGGUGUGCGCGUGUGUGGGAUGCAGGUCUAUCAGCUGGACACAGGGCAUUACUUAUGCAGGAAUAAAUACUAUGGGCGCGGCCUUUCCAUCGAAGGCUUCCGCAAUGCCCUCUACCAGUAUCUCCACAACGGCAUUGAGCUGCGCAAGGACCUCUUUGAGCCUGUCCUCGCCAAACUGCGCAGCCUGAAGGCGGUUUUGGAGAGACAGGCCUCCUACCGCUUCUACUCCAGCUCUCUGCUCAUCAUCUACGACGGGAAGGACAGCCGGGCGGGGAUGCUGGUGGAGCGCCGGCCGGAGGCGCGCCUGAAGCGGGUGGACGGCUCAGUCCCGGAGAGCCUCCAGGACGGCGGCAGCUCGGAGCCCGGCUCCUCGGCCCAGCCCAAGGUGGACGUGCGCAUGAUUGACUUUGCACACAGCACGUUCAAAGGCUUCCGCGACGACCCCACCGUGCACGACGGACCCGACAUGGGCUACGUGUUCGGGCUGGAAAGCCUCAUCAACAUCAUGGAACAGAUGCGUGAGGAAAACCAGUAGCCCUGGGCUGUGGCCUCUUAUUUUUGUCCUGGUGGCAGGAGCAAACAAGACCACCCACUACCACAGGAAAAACACAGACAAAUUUGGUUUUAAACAACUGUACUGCUCCAUUGUUUUUUAAAUGUACUUGGAUAGAAGAGCUGAGGUGAGGCAGGAUGGAAGAACUCCUCAUGCUGACCAGAUGGUUCUGACCACACUUGCUCUGCCUCCUGGAGGAGGCUGUGUAGAUGCCUGCUGGGUGUCAGGUGUUCCGGUUCUUCGCUCAUCACAUGUGCGUUCUGGAGGGAGGACCUGGACAUAGGGAAGAGAAAGCAGGAGAGCCCAGGGCUCCUGACCAGGCUGGAAGCUCUGGUGUGAGGAGCCUCCUGCCUCAGGAGCUUCCCCUUUGAAUUUCUCCUGAGUUAUUUGGAAAGGGCGCUCGCCUGAUGGUUGGCAGCGUCUGUGGGGCCACUGGUGAGAAGUCAGGUGCUGGUCCCUGUGUUCGGUGUCACUGGCUCUGCUCUGGGUUUUGCUGAUGGGGCUUUGCUUUUGAUGCUGCCUUUUUCUGAUGUUUGGGCACUGUGAGUAGCCACCCCAAACACGGAAAUGAAAUGACCAAAUGCAAUCCCUGGCGGAGCUGUGGCCUGGAGGAAAUGCCACACACGUGGAGCUGUGCUCGAGCCAGGAGUCUGCUCACUCCCUGAUGCCAUGGCAUGGGCAGGCACAGGGCUCUGCAGGAGUGGCUCUGCCCUGGACCAUUGACUUGCAAGCACUCAGCUCGUGGGCUAGCAAUAGUAUCUGUAGCAGUUAACAUGACCCCAGCUGUGCAGUGGGGCUUUUCGGACCAUUUCAACCCUUCCCCUCCUGUAAAGUACAGAUUCUAUCCCUCCAGCACAAAGCUGCCCUCUUCCCCUGGGGACCCUCUGCCCCCAGGCCGUGCUCUUCCAACAGGUCUGGGGGUGGUGGAAGGGGAGGUUGAGGCUUAGGGCUGAUCCCUGUCUCCUCCCUGAGGGUCUCCAGGGGCCAGGUGAGGGGUUGCCUAGCUGAGCAGUGAGUGCCACUGUCUUGACUGUUCAGUACCACUGCCUGACUGUUCAGCUUUGCUUCACAGAGUCAGUGUCUCCCAAAAUCAAUGUCCCCUAGCCUCCUUUGAUGAGGAAUUAACAUUUGAUACUGUGGCCUGGUGGUACCAGACUGAACCCUGCCUCCACCUCAGCUCCUGUUUCUGUGCUGAGGCCCUGGCUACUCCCUUCUGCUCUCACUGACUUAUUUCACGGCGUUACCAUUACCCUGUGUACCCACAAGGCCAGGGUUGGGUUUUUUUAAAAUUACUUCAGGAAAGCUCCUUUGGGGAAUACUCGCAUGUCGCAUGUGUGCCGACUCCAUGUGCGCAGAGGCCGCUCAGAAAGCACGGCUGCCACAGCAGGCACAGGUCUGUGGCACUGGUGUGGAAGGGGACAGGAGAGCUGCCCCCUUUCUCUGCCUGUCUCCCAGCUCCUCAAAGCUUGCCCAAGCCACUACUCCCCUCCCACCCACUGGACAAGGACCUUUAUCCAUGGCAUGCUGCCCUGCACCGGGUUACUUCAUUGCUUCUGUGGGUCCCUACCUUGCCAGGACUCGCAGAAUUUUCAGGGAGCAGGUUUGCAGGAGGCAGCGAGGCUGGGCGAGUGCUGGGGUGUAGGUACCCACAACAGCCGUAUUAUUCCCUGGCCCUGCCACAGCGUGGCCCAUCGCUGCCCACCUCUGCAUGUCCUUGUCUCCGCGGGCUGUGCUAGGGCGGGUCAGGCCGCACCUCUAGGAGAGCCCCUUGCUGUCCCCCCGCGCUCAUUCCUUCCCUUCCCCACCUCACUGGGCCGUGACUGAGGGGCCACGCUGCCGGUGCUCGGUGGGAGCCACCUCCCCUCUUCGGACCACCGCGGUGGGACUCCACAGCUUGUACAUAGCCUUGGCCCCGUUUGUUUUUACAUGAAUAACCACCCUGUUUGUGCUUCACUGAGAACCAAAAACCAUUAAAGGAUCUGUUUUUGUCCGCGG